AGGUAUGGAUCGAUGAAGGAGAUUAUGGAAGCUACUAAGAACGAGGUGGUCGUAUGCUGUAAAUGUGGGUCUGGCAACAAUGGCGGACAGAUUCGUUUGCCUAUAAACUCUUGGUACUGCCCUAACUGCGCCGAUCAAUCGCCCCAUCGUAAAAGUACGAAACACAAGAGGCGGACAUGUACCCUGGUCCAUCGUAAGAAGAGCCGCAGACUAUUACCCUAUACUCCAAGCAAAGAUUUUGAUCAAAGGCUGGAGCAAAUGAAAUCUUUAACUUCUGCUCUAAAAGCAGUCAACAUGGAGUUUAGCAAUGACCUCACUUACCCUCCUGGUAUGGCUCCAGAAUCUGCAAACAGAGCUGAUUUGGAGAAUGGUGGAGUUCAGGUUCUUUCAAACGGAGACAUAGAAACGUAUCAUAAAUGCAGAGCUAUGGCAGAGAGAGGUGAAUACCCUCCUUUACGCAUCGUCUACGAUCCCAUUGAAGGAUAUACUAUUCAAGCUGAUGGUCCCAUUAAGGACAUGACGUUAAUUGCUGAAUACACUGGGGAGGUAGAUUACAUCAAAAACCGAGAACAAGAUGAAUCUAACAGCAUGAUGACCCUGCUUUUAGCAACGAAUCCGGAUGAAAGUCUGGUGAUCUGCGCGGAUAGACGAGGAAACAUUGCUCGUUUCAUCAGCGGAAUAAAUAACCACAAACCCGAAUCCAGGAAGAGAAAGAACGUCAAAUGUGUUCGGUAUGAUGUAAAUGGAGUAUGCCGGAACCUUUUGGUUGUUACUCGUCAUAUAGCUAAAGGGGAGAGGCUAUACAUUGAUUAUAAUGGUCAUGAGAAUGAGUACCCGACUCAUUAUUUCGUGUAA